AUGGGUAACAGUAAUACCAGGGAGAGCCGUCCUCCCGGGGCCAGCGACUACAAUGAGGACUACCGCUCAAGCGAUGGCCGCUCUCGCCACCGUGCGGGCCGAGUUGAUGCAUCAUUUCUCGGGCUCGGCACAUCAAGUCAGCGCGAUCGUCGUCAGAACGUACCUUUCGAGCACAGAGAGACCAAGCAGGAACGAGAGGCUAGACGGCUUGAGCGGGAACGCGUGGCCCGCGCCAAGGAACGAGAACGAAGCUUGCGAGAGGAGCAUGUCGAUGGGGGCUAUCUAGUGACUCUGGGCACAUACGUCGGAACCGAAGAUUUCAAUAAACCGGUGGUGCGGCAACUCCAAAUCGAGCGAAGACUCGCGCCCUUCUGGCGCGGCCUUAACGAUUGGUCGGAAAGCUGGGCGGAGCAUCAACUCGUUGCCGCCGCCAGAGGUCUACCUAUACCAGCAGCAAAUGAACCACCACCACCAGAGUUGCUAGCACAGCCACACAAUCGCAGUACGAAUCAGUUCAACUUACAGAACUUGACUGUCCCGUUGGGUGAACGCAGUAUGUCGGCUGCUUCAGACCAUAGCGGUUCUGGCACGGCAUCGGGAUUAGCUUCACCCGGGACUCCCACUAGGGGCACCAUCAAACCGAGGGCGAAGGCUCUAGCCAUGGCCUUGACCGGACAUUCGAGGAAUGCCUCAUCCGCAGAGUUGCCGCCCACAGAGAUCAUGUUAACCCAUGAUCCUUUUGUCAACGGCCAACUACUUGAGGUUUAUCUCUACAAAGACGCAACCGAUUGCCCAAUAUGCUUUCUAUCAUACCCCCCGUACCUGAACAGCACCCGUUGCUGCGAUCAAGCGAUUUGCAGCGAAUGCUUCGUGCAAAUCAAGCGUGCCGAUCCUCACCUUCCGGAGCAUCAUCCUGAUGGGCAGGCGCGAGACCCUAACCAAGGUUUGGCCCCCGAAGAUCUACCCGAGAUGCUUAUAUCGGAGCCGUCCGCAUGCCCCUACUGCCAACAGCCAGAUUUCGGCGUGACUUACGAGCCGCCACCGUUUCGCCGUGGCUUGGUAUAUUCGACAUCACCUAUGCACCUGAUGUCAUCUUCUACAAUGUCUCCCAUGUCUUCUCAAAGCUCACUGCAUUCUACUGCGAAUCCAAAUUCACCACAACAGUCUGGCCGCAGAAGAGGCCAUAGCUUAUCCGCCAAUGCGCCAAACGUUAUCACCACAGAUCGGAUUCGGCCAGAUUGGUCCACGAAACUUGCCGCCGCCCGUGCCCAUCAGGCCCGCCGAGCAGCAGCCGCUACUGCUCUCCACACGGCUGCAUUUCUGGUUGGUGGCUCUGACCAACGGUCAAUACUACGCACUGGACGCUUUGGGCGUCGCAAUACUGGCUCAGGGUCAAACUCCGGCACGCCUGGAAAUGACUUUGCGGCUACAGAGGCGACAGAGGCUUCUGAGCCACCCAGCUCGUUGCAAAACAUCAGCCCAGACGGGGGUAGACGCAUGAGAAUAGACGAACUGGAAGAUAUGAUGUUCAUGGAAGCUGUCCGACUUUCGCUUGCGGCAGAAGAGGAUCGUAAGAAGAAGGAGGCUAAAGCUCUGCGGAAGGAUGCAAAGAAAAGAGAACAGGAAGAAAAGAAGGCAGCAAAGCAGGCGUCAAAAGACCCGUACGGGGGAAGUGUUAGUGGAGCUAGUGGCAGCAGUCUUUCACUUGGCCUAGGAAGGAAACGAGGCAAUAGCGGUGCGAGCUUUAUGAGGAUGGAGGCUACAGUUCAAGGUGCCUCGCAGGCAUCGAAAGGAGACGAACAGGCAGACGUGCCACAGCAAAAACCUCGUGAUGGACACGCCGGAGAUCCUAGCGGAAAAGGCAAGUCGAUUGAACGAGGUGCACCGGAUUUCUCGGCAGAGGGAGGCUCAUCGUUGGCAAUCCCCAUUCGAAGCGGGGGCUCGCACCUGCGGCAAAUGAGCAACGCUUCUUCGAUAGGAUCCUCGCUUGUGGAUUCCGCGCCGGGUAGUUUCUCCGGAACCGGAUUCCUCAACGUGGAUGGCAUCCGGCAGACUCGGGGAGAGGGAAGCGAUGGCGAAGAAGCCUUUGAACCCUUGUUCAACUUUAGGAGCCUGGCCGAGCUUGUGGGAGUGAACAUUGACGAAGGGACCGCUAUUUCAGAACAGAACGAAUGCGCAGCACAAAACGAAUCUGGCGAUGCUGCGCAAGAGACCGCAGCACGCCCACUGUCUCAAGUGAAAGAAGAGGACGAGCUUGCGCCAAGCGUUGGCGGUAAAAUAGCCCCCAAGGUAUCAGAAGAAGAAUCAACAGAGAGACUGGAGUUUGAGCGCAGUUCUUCUACGGAAGGAAAUUCGACAACCAACCAAGGUCAGGAUCAUGUCAAAGAUCGCAAACAAGCUCAAUCGGCCGUUUUGAUUGAGGAUACACUGGCCACAGAAGCGAAAUAA